AUGAACGUACUGAGACCCAUACAUCCAUCGUCAUUUUCCGAGUUCCCUCUCCAUCAUCACGAUGUGACCCAGCACCACACUGAUACCCAUACAACAAACUCCGCCAUGAGUACCCGCAAGCGAAAAGCGGAAGAAGAAAUCGAUCAUAGCAUGGCUAUAUCGCCAACAAACUCUCCACCUGCCCUCCUAUCUCGUCUUUUGGCUCGCCCACAAAAAAGAGUCCGAGUAAAUGAGGCCUGCGCUCGUCCGAUAACGAUUCAUCGACUCCUCGAAACCCUAGAUGCUGCUUCUCUCCGAUCAGUCCUACAAACUAUCUGUGAACGACACCCACAAAUAGGCACAGAGGUUGCCACGUCCGCACCUAAGCCGUCGGUUCAAGCCGUUACGCAAGUACUAGCACAAUACCAGGAGAAACUCCAACAAGCCUUUCCCUACGGUGGGAAUUCUGGAUCGGAUUAUGCAUUUCACAGAGUGAGACAACAUUUGACUGAUCUAAUUGACGCUUUGACCGACUUUACACCGCAAUAUCUACCUCCCAACGAGAAUCAGGCCUCGAUCUCUCUAUCCUAUCUUAACGCUGCUACCAAAGUAAUCCACGAAUUGCCAGAGUGGGAUUCCCACUCCAACCGGCAGUAUAAGGAUAAUGCUUACGACGUAAUUUCGAGAGCUUGGGUUCUGGUCAUCACGGAGGCAUCUAAGCGAGGAGGAGGAUUCCAAUUACACACUGGAGGAUGGGACCAGAUACUAUACAAACACAACGAGCAAAGUAGAGGUCGAAUGCAUAUGGCCACAAGUGUUUUAGGUUCAAACUUGGAUUGGAUGGGCGUUAAUGGUACAACUAACGACCUUGGAUCAAUUCGUGAUCAGCUUUUCAAUGGGACUUUUGGAAAUAAUUCCGUUUCUGUCGGAGCUGGAAUACUCUAG